ACAAUAUCGAAAAGGGAGCGUGGCAACGGUCUUUACAAGCACAUCAUCAUAGUUGUUUUCACGAGAAAAAGUCCAGUCCAGACCUCUGUCCUUCUCUCUCUAGCUAUAGAUACACAUAUACGUACACAUGCCCAUAUAUAUAUAUAUGGCCUGUUGCAUGUCGAGAGUCACUAAAGGAAGAAGAAAAAUGCUCAAAGCAAAAUGGUAAAGACCACCUGUUUAAUCUGAGCUGCCCUUUUUAGUCGUAAGCAGAGAACUCAUGCCAGAGGACCUGGAUAGCUUGAUGAUUAUCAAAUCUUCUAAGAGAAAACCCCUGGUAUUGAGGAUGGUGGUUAUAAUUUUCGCAAUGGCAUCUGGUAUUUACAUAUGCUCAAUCUGUCUUAGGCAAAUUGGUGGACAUUCAAUUGGAAGUUCUAUGAGCAUUCAAGUUGUACGGAGGCCGUGUGAAGCCACAGAUAUCGAACCUUAUGUCCAUUUCCCCAAACCAAAGACUUUCAGCAGGGACGAAUGUGCGUGCAAUCCUGUACGAUACUUUGCAAUUUUAUCUACGCAGAGGUCUGGGAGCGGAUGGUUUGAGACACUGUUGAACAGUCAUGUCAACAUAAGCUCCAAUGGGGAGAUAUUCUCGGUUAAGGUCCGGAGGAGUAACAUAUCCACUAUAGUAGAGACUUUGGAUCGAGUUUAUAAUCUUGACUGGCUUUCGAGUGCAUCAAAGAAUGAAUGCACAGCUGCUGUUGGGCUCAAGUGGAUGCUUAACCAGGGACUGAUGCAACAUCAUGAACAACUAGUGGAGUACUUCAACUCCAAAGGUGUCUCAGCAAUUUUUCUUUUCCGGAGGAAUCUCUUACGCCGAAUGGUUUCCAUACUUGGAAAUUCUUACGACCAAAAAACGAAGCCUCUCAAUGGGACACACAAAUCUCAUGUGCACUCGAUCCAUGAGGCUGAGAUGCUGGCUAGAUACAAGCCAACUAUAGAUACGAAGCUGCUUAUACCCAAUCUCGAGCAAGUGGAAGACCUGGUUAUGAGAUCAUUGCAGUAUUUGAACAGCACCCGACAUAUCAUCCUCUACUACGAGGACAUAAGAAACAACCGAACAAAACUGGUAGAUGUUCAAGAGUUCUUGAAGGUUCCCCAACGAGAGCUAAGUAGUCGACAAGUCAAGAUACACAAAGGAGCCUUGUCCUCCCAGAUUGAAAACUGGGAGGAGGUCGAGAGGACACUGAAGGGAACGCGUUAUGAACGUUUCCUAGAUGACGACUACAAGGUAUAUAUGUGAGGUGCAGUGUGUGUAUAUAUAUAGAGCUUUUAAUUAGCUUAGCUUUAUUUAUUGGUUGAUUGUUUCUUUUAGGUAGCAGGGCUUUUCUCCCUGAUAAAAUUUUCGCCAUUGUAUUGUUGCCUCUACUUGUCUUCUUUUCCCUAGACAAGUAUGGUUUGGUUUGGCUAAAGCUGAUCGUUUUAGAAUUUGUGCUUUAUCUCGACAAACUUAGCAAAUGAAUUGGAGAGUUGGUAACUUAAAAUAUGCAAUUCCGAUGCUGAUACUCUAGCAUUUUGUUGAA